CGGUCCAACGUCCUCCGUACCAGCGACGUGUGAAUAGGGGUGGUCCUGAUCUGUAACGGAGGGGAAGGCCUUCAUCUAUUUAUUUUUUUCUUUUAUCGCACCCUCCCACGUCUUUAACGUCGCCAUAGUUGUGUGUUAUCCGUUUCACCGGAAGGCUGGGGUCGUCUUAAGCCAUUUUGGGGCCGAGUGGAGCAGCCGGACGCCCCCCGCUUUUCGGUGUUCGGUCGGAACUUCCGAAUGUCCAGCUGAUCGCUUUGAGCUCUGUUCAAUUAUUCCUGUUCAAACUCAGCCGUUUUGUUCCGCCUCACGGGACGGGCUUCGUCGCCGAAACGGCUCGGCUUCGCCUCCGUUCCUCUUCGGCUAGUGGACUUUAACGGAAGCGGACGUUUUUGUUUUGUUGACUCGGUUUUUGGACCGUGUUCCUCGCAGAAGGAGCAGGCCCCGGACUCAUCCCCAGCCUCGCGUUUCCAUAUUAGGCUUCUGCUUUUUUUUUCUUCUUCUUUUUUUUUUGUUUGGGAAGUCAUGGGAGACACAAGUGAACGAAGCAAAGCCUCGACUCUACCUCCCCGGUGUCCCUGUGGAUUUUGGGGGUCAAGUAAAACCAUGAAUCUUUGCUCCAAAUGUUUUGCUGAUGUCCAGAAGAAGCCGCCAGAGGAGGACUGUCCCUCCAAGCCAAUCCAAAGCAGCGGUAGCCAAUCGCCCGUCUUCAGUAGCGAGUCGAGCAGUAGCUCGUCGCUAUCGUUGUCGCUGCCCUCCAGCUCCGAGCCGCCGUCGGCCCAGGACCCCUCGCCCAUGUUCGCCACCAGGAGAGAAGGCGUGACGUCCACAGAAACGGCCCAAGGCACACUCUGCACACCCACAAAGCGUCCACGUGAGUCAGCCUCGGGCUCGGAGAGCGAGGCCACGCCGGAGAAACGACCGCGAGCCGACGAGAAGGAGGGCAGCAGCGACGAGGCCCGUGGGACGCCCAAGCAGAAGAAUCGCCGGCGCUGCUUUCGCUGCCAAACCAAACUAGAGCUGGUGCAGCAGGAGCUGGGCUCGUGUCGCUGCGGCUACGUCUUCUGCAUGCUGCACCGUCUACCUGAGCAGCACGACUGCCUGUUCGACCAUCUGGGCCGCGGACGCGAGGAGGCCGUCCUCAAGAUGGUGAAGCUGGACCGCAAGGUGGGCCGCUCGUGCCAACGCAUCGGGGAGGAGUGCUCCUGAUCAGCCACACGGCGACCCGCCAUCCUGGAAGAAAUGAGGCACUUAAAGAGGAGGAGGAAGUGGAAAAAUGGGUGGGGGG